AGCCAUCUUGGUUCACGGGAUCCCGGAAACAAUUCGAGUCCAGUGAGACGCUUGGGGGAGGCCCCGGCUGGAGCCCGCGCGAUGGCGCCCUCGCCGGCCUCGCCCGACCCGCCGCCGUCGACCGUGCCCGAGCGCCCGUUCUUGCUCAACGAGAAGUUCAGUGUACAGAGCUACGACGGGAGUUCGUUCAAGAACCGUGCCCAAUAUGACGUGAAGAACGCGCUCAUCCCGAUCAUUGAGCCUUUCCAUUGCUCGGGUAACGGCACGAAGUUCAACCUCGUCCUGCAGUGUUCGGAGGACUUCACGCUGACGCACUUCUACGUCAGCGGGCCCGGGCCGCGGUGCACGGAGCCCAUCCGCAGCGGCCUUGUGUGGGUCACGGACCAGCAGCCAGAACCCGAGAAGCACGAGCCCACGCAGCAAUACCUGAAGAAGUUCGACACCAUGUCGUCCGAGGAGAUCAUGGAGGUCAUGAAGGGGCUGCGGACCUGCGGCUCGGACGAGGUCGUGAAGGAGGGUUCCGCGUUGCCGGACCCGUGCGUGUACUUCAAGACGGACCUCACGUCGCGCGAGGCGGAGGUUGAGCUGCCGAAGUGGCGCGAGGGCAGGUACGUCGUCAUCAAGUUCCUGGACACGCACAAGGACCAGGCGGUGCAGAAGAGGAAGGGCAUAAGUACCCUCGCCAAGGACUCCCUGAGCCUCUACCAGGCGACCCUCCAGGCCGACAGAGCAUGGAGGGCCAGGAAGCAGGCAAAGGGCUCGAUCUGGAAGGGGUAUACCAGGGCGCAGUACAUCGCAGAGAGGGUGCGGAUCGACGGGCUCACAGAGAGGCAGAUCACCAACAGGCUCGCCUACGGGAAAAAGGCAGCGCAGGGAAGGAAGCGGAGAGCAGCCCUGAAGCGGAAGCGCGGCAACGAGGCGGCGACCGCGGCGCGCCGGAAGGCGCACCACACGGUAACCCCGGUGCAGCAGGCAGCAUACAUCGUGGGCAGAUUAGCUGCAGCCCAGGGCACCUCCCAGGGCGUGAUCGAAGUCAAGGUGGACGGGAACGACCGAGUCCAGCGUGCACUGGACUGGACGUCAGCAGGCAGCUUCGCGGUCGACCCCCGGCACCUUACUGCGGCCUGGAGGCCGGUACCGGCGGUUGUCACGCUCUCGAAGAGGCCACGCCGCCUCAGGUACAUGGAGCUCCUGCAGCUCAAGCAGCUCCAUGACCUGGUCCCUGCGGAGGCGCCGGAUCUGGGUGCGUGGCUGUGCCCAGGCGUGAACACGGCACUGCUUUGGGCUCUCUUUGCCCGCCUGCGCAGCCCCGACUUUGCGGACUGGGUCGCGCAGUACGGCAUGGCUGCAGCGACGGACGCGGAGAUCGUGCACCGCUUCGUUCAGACGUACACGGUGCCCGACUUGGGCCGCAACUGCAUCGCCACAACCGAGCUCGCCGCGAUGCCGGCGGACCUCGGGCAGAGGAACGAGCGGGUGGCGGCGGGCUUAACCGGACAGCGGUUCGAGGCAUACAGGACCACCUUCGCGGACGCCCUGCAGGCGUUCCACCUCGCGCCGGACCCGCCUGAGGCGGCGGCCGGGGCAGCGGUCCUGGACCGCCUGUCCGCCGCCGCGGUGCAGAUCCGUGGCAACGGCGCCCACUCCGGAGGCUUCGUCGGCAAAAAUUACGUCGACAUGCUGCCCGCCCUCCCACUGCAGCAUCGGGAGCGGCUCAUCGACGCGAUGGCCUUGAUGCAGGAGAUCGGCACUGGCGGCAACGUCGCCGGACUGGUCUCAGAAGGGCGAUCGUCGCAGGUGUCGCCCGAGACGUCGAAGCCGGUGCUCCAGCACCUGGCGGACCAGACGCGGCAAGAGUUGACAAAGAUCACGAGAAUCCAGAUGAGGGCCGGAGGCGCUUGGCGGCGGGUGCGCCUCGAAGACCGCACCGUCUGCGUCCUCGCGUCCCUGCGGCUCACGCAGCUGAGCGUGUGCAAAGCGGUCUCCAUCAUCGAGGCCCAGAGGGCGCGGAACCUUGGGAAGACGCGCAGAAUCAGGGCGAGCAAGCACGUGUUCACUGGCACGGUUCCCACACCAGGCACUGCAGCAGAAACGACCCGCCGCGUCGCCACCAUGGCAGCCCCAGUGGCCCCGGAUACGGCCUUCCUCCAGCAGCUGGGCGUGACGAUCGAGAUUGCCACGCCUCUCUUGGUGGGCCGCCACAAGCAGCACAUGAAGGCGCUUGCAGCACCGGGCCGCGGCGGCUCGGACUGGAAGCAGGCUCUCGUCAAGACCACGGUGGCCCUCCUCCGCUCCGAGGCGAUCCGCACCGUGGACCCGGGCCGCAUCGAGAAGAUCAUGACGGCGUAUGUGGCGACAGCGUACUUCCAGGAGAAGGUGCCCUCCACCUCCAUGCGUGAGGUCGUGCGGGAUGCCCUUGAGGAGCACACGCGCGGGCACCGUGACCGGGACCGCCGCCGGGGCCGCCGCCGCAAGCGCAGCCCGACCCCCGGACCCGCCGGCGGCGGGAGCAGCAAGCGGCAGCGCCGAGAGCGGGACGCGGACUCGCCUGACGCUACCCAGACAGUGACCAAGACGAGCCCGGGAGACGCAGUGGGCGGAGCGGAACCGGACGAAGACAGGCUCGUAUGCUCGCCAACACCGCCGGCGGGCUCCCAAACGGGCCAGCCCGGCGGACACAAGGUGGGGGACGCGGUGGACGUGUGGAGCCACACCAGGCGCGAGUGGGUCGCGGGCCGUGUGACCACCCACUACGCGAACGACCAGUUCGACGGCAACUUCCACUGCCGGGCGGGGAGCCUACGGGUCAGGAUGCCGCACGGCCACAAGUACAUUACCCCCGAGCGCAUCCAGACCCACUUGCGCGCGCCCGCAGACGGGCCUGAAGACCUGCCGGGCCAGGCGGCGGGGCGGGCCUCGGAGGCGCGUGUGCGCCAGGAGCCGGGGGCUGGCUCCUCCGCUGGCGGAGAUACGCACGGGGUUGCCAGCGCGGCCGCAGCGGUGCCCCCCCAGCGCCCGGGGUACCACCAGGGGCGCCGGCUCGCAGAGGCUGGGCCCACUGCCCUCGAGCUCAAGCUGAGCCAAUUGGUGGAAACGCUUGAGGAGUUGGGCGACGCCGAGGGGGCCGCAAAGCACCGGGGGCGCCUCGUUGCAGCCCAGCAGCAGAGGCGCGCUGACCAAGCGGCGGAAACAGCCCCGCCGAGCGCCGCGGCAGCCGCCCCAACCGGCGGGACCCCUACCCUGGAUUCAGACGCAGAGGAGGCGGCUCAGGGGAGCUCGCCGGACGACCCCCUCGGCAUCGGGGCACUCCUCGCGGAGGCCGCCGGGGCGGCCGCGGACGGGCCCCCGCUGAUGGCCGAGACGGCCAGCACCGCGCCUGGCCCCGAUCCUGGCAGGCCGCCUGCGGAGCGCGCCCCGCUGCCCAUGCCCCUGCCCCGCGUGGACGUGGCGGCGCGGCCGGCACAGAAUGGCCGCUUGUCUGAUGAGAGUCACUGGGCCCGGCUCAGAGCGGAGCGUCCAGCUCGACCCCGGCUGGCGUACCUGCAGGACACGCUCCUCCCGGGGUGGCGCCCGGCGGCCGGGCCGGAGGCCAUGGAGCUGGAGUUUGCGGUGCACUCCGCGGACGCAACCUGGGAGGACCAGCUGUGGCAGUGGUUCGAGGCGCUUGCGCAGGCGGGGGUCUUCGUCGACACCUACGUGAUGGACCCAGCCAAGCGGGGCGAGGUGACCGGCAACGCGCACCUCACCCCAAAAUGCACGGCCACGACGCCCUGUGUCAAGGCACGGGGCAUCGGGUUGACGAUCAACUGGUUCCGCACAACGGACGGGCGUGUCCGCCUAGAUGGGGCGUGGACGCAGCAGCCCACCCUGCUUGAGAUGCUGCGUAGGUCCCACAAAGCCUACCAGCCAGGGAACUCGGAGCAGGGCCGCCUGACAGGCCGGCAGAUGGACCCGGUCCGGGCCGCGCAGCGCACCCAGCGCACCGAGCUCGAGCAACGCGCCCAGUGGGAACAGCACCACCAGGAUACGAUCACAGUGCUGGCGGCCGCGGAGAUCUUCGACGGCAUGGGCCUGACGGGGGUGUGGGACGUCCUCGACAGGGAGUUCGGCGUGAAGAACGUCCCCCCAAGCACCAACCUCCCCUGGACCCUCGCCCUCUACCAGGGCACCCUGGUCCAGAUCUGGGCUGACGGGGCGGCGCGCGUCCGCCUGGGAACGGGGCCUCCCAGUGCGGCGGACGCAGUGGCCCAGGUGCUUGCCAACCAGUUCAGCGGUGAGGUACGGAGGGCGAGCGACUUCAGGGUGACGGCGGCAGCCAACCCAAUCAGGGUGCGUUACGGAGUGCUAUCGGAGAGAGCGAAGCAGCGGGGCGGCCAGGUCAUCGCGGCGCUGACCUCCAACUGCCCCCCAGGAAGCACCCCCGCGGAUGCCCGCCGGGUGGGCGCCGACCUCCGUAGUGCGGAGGAGCAGCUGCUCAACGAGCGGACCGCCCAGCUGGAGCAAGCCCUGGCCACCUGGCGGCCAGCGGUGGCGGGGCCGUGGCGAGAUUGUCUGGCUGACCUCGUGCGGCGAGCCCCCGGAUGGGAGGACCCGCAGGCGGGUUGCCUGGCAGGCCGCCGGCACCUCCCGGCCACGGCGGCCUUGGCGCGGCGGCUCAGCAGGUCGUGCGCGGAGUUGCAGCGCCGCCUUCCGCCGUCGCCAGCCACGAUGCCGCGCCCCCCCGGCACGGCCAUCACGGCGGGCAUGCUGAACUUUGGACUCAGCGGCGGAGCCGAGAUCGGGGGGGCGACCAUCCUCCCCCGGCGCUGGGAGGACAUCGGCGCGGUCAUGACGGCCCUGAACGCCGCCUGGUUCUUUGGCGUCUCGUGCAGAUGCCCGGAAGGCACCAACCUUGCGGUCGCCCUCCCGAGCUUCCCCUACACGCUGCACGGUCCGCGCACGGCCCGGUUCGGAGCAGUGACCGUCCUCGUGCACCGGGAGAAGCCAGAUGCUGCGGCUCACCUCCCAGAUUGGUCCAGCGGGCCGGGCACCUGCUGGGUGCAGACGGGGGCUGGGGAGUACUGGUGCGGCUUCAGCAUCCCGCCGCGCGAGAGGGGAGCCAACGAGCGCGCUCGGGCGGACGCGGUUCGCUCGCUCUUCUCUGAGUACGACCGCGCGAGAGCUGCGGGGCGCCGCCGCCACCCGGGCGCGCAGGUGUACAUGGCGGGGGACCUCAACCCCGGAUACGACAUUGAUGCACAGGUCCGCGCGGCGGUCGAGCAGCGGGGGCUCCGCCACAUGAUCCCCGAGGGCGUAGCCACCCACGUCCGGGGAAGAAGACUGGAUGUGGUACUUGCCCCAGCGGCUGGUGGCUGCGCGAUGGUCCAGGUCCACAACGGCAAGCACUGCAGGGACAAUGGGUGCAAGGAGGCCCUAUGCCGGGCGCGGAGCGAGGCCUUGGGUUCCCGCGAUCUGGACCACCAUCCGGUCACGUGGGCUGCGGCCUCGGUGGAGGCAGAAGCGGGGCCCGAUGAGGGAGCCCUACGUUACGACAAAGACCCGGAGAAGUGGAACCACGAGAUGACCGCUUUGGCGGAUGGAACCAUGGCCACCUUGGCAGGUGAAUUGGCCGCCCGAUGCCACCAGCCGUCUUGGGCCCGAGCCACCUCGCAGGAAGCCAAAGCAGCGCUGGACAUGGCGGCGUGGGCAUGGCGGGCGACGGCCACCCUGGCCGCAGCCGCGGGGGACCUCGCCUGGGCGCCACCGCCCGCAGCGCACCGCCGGCAUGACGCUGACGCGGCUGAGGCCGCGGCAUUCCGGGAGGUGACCCAGGCAGCCGCCCGGCGCCAGCGAGCAGCCACGGCGACAUCCCUUGCUGCGCUUGAGGCCGCCAGGCAGCGCCUCCGGGAGGUCCGAGGCGCGAGCGCCCGGGCCCAGCGGGACGCCGCCCGCCACCGGGUGCUGGCCCUCCUCCAGACGAACCCGCUGGCGGCGGCAACAGUCCUCAAGGAGCACUCGGCAGGGCCGCCAGAGGGCCUGCCGGCCAUCAUGCGGGAUCCGGAGGAAGAGGGCCGCAUGCUCGUCGGCACGGAGCAGGUGCUGGAUGGCGCGCGCCGGUACAUCCUGAGGCGAGACGACCCGCCGUGGGGCGGCGAAUGGGACGCGGAGCACGCGGCGGCGAUGCGGGCCCGCCUGGAGCGGCAGCGCUCGGAGGCCAGGCGCGCCCUCUCCCAGUGGGACCCGGAGGAGGCGUACACCCUUGCAGAGGCAGGCCAGGCCUUGCGGAGGAUCCGCCUGCGCGCCCAAUGCAGGGGCCUCCCCUAUGCCAUCCUCCACAGUACCCAUGUGGGUGUACUCGAAUCCCUGCUGCACCUUGCCACCCUCAGCCUCCGGCUUGGCCGCCUCCCUGGCCUGUGGCUCGUCCAGGAUAAUUACCACUCGCACAAGGAUGGCAAGCCGCGCGUGGACUACGGCGGCUACAGGGUCCUCGCGCUGUGCUCGGCGGAGGGGCGCUUCGCGGAAGAGCU